AAGAAGAGAAGCAGAACCACAUCUUUUAUCAAGAUUUUCUCUCCGACUUUUUGACUUCUUUCGUUUCCCAUUUAAAACCCCAACAUUAGGUACGAUAUGGUGGAAGCAGAGCCCAGCAAUCUCGGAGUUGGUUCCUCGACUGGAAUCACACUUGACUCGGUGAGAGACGCAUUGAUCAGGCAAGAAGACACCAUCAUUUUCAGUCUUAUUGAGAGAGCCAAGUUCCCCUUGAAUUCUCCGGCGUACAAUCAAUCUUCCUUGUCCAUUCCUGGGUUUUCUGGUUCUCUGGUUCAGUUCUUUGUUAAAGAAACCGAAAAUCUCCAAGCUAAGGUAAAGCCCGCCACCCCAUUUUUUAAUAAGCUUUCCUUUCAAUUUGUUCUUUUGUACUUUAUAGAUUUUAUAUCCCGCAGCUGCCUCCAUUAACCUAAAUAAGGCCAUAUGGGAUAUGUAUUUCAACCAAUUGCUUCCCUUGUUUGUUGCUCCGGGUGAUGAUGGCAACUAUGCAUCAACAGCAGCCAGUGAUCUCCAGUGUCUACAGGUAUUUUUCUACUUCAUGACUCCUCUAGGUGCAGAAUAGCCUGGAAAGUUUGAAAAUUACUGUACUUCUUUGCAAGCUUUGUGUUUUAUCUCUGUUCAAAGUUGUGCCUCAGGCAAUUGAAGUUCGUUCAUAUUUCUUGCACAGGCCCUCUCUAGAAGAAUUCAUUACGGAAAAUUUGUAGCUGAGGUUAAAUUCAGGAAUUCCUCACAAGAGUAUGAGCCUGCAAUUCAUGCCAAGGACAAAGAUGCUCUGAUGAAGUUACUAACAUUUGAGCAAGUGGAAGAGAUGGUGAAGAAGAGAGUUGAGAAAAAGGCAAAGGUGUUUGGGCAAGAAGUGACCCUUGGUAACAAUGCCACAGAUGGGAAAUACAAAGUGGAUCCAUCCGUGGUUGGUCGCCUUUACGGAGACUGGGUGAUGCCUCUCACUAAGGAUGUUGAAGUUGACUAUCUCCUCCGUCGCCUAGAUUGAAAAGCCAAGGCCGGCAAUUUUGCCAAGGUCAUUGUCUCUAACUAGUCUGGUAGGGUGCACCCACCAAAAAAAAGGAUAUGGAAAUUAUAAAUUUGUAUCAUUAGUUUCUAACAUAAAAGCUUCCGUUUGAGAAUGCUUUAAACAAUAUUUUUCCCCAGCAAUACCGUAUCUAAAAUCUAAAUUUAUUGUAAAUAAUUAAUUUUAAUUUAU